CCCUCCUGGAGCAUCGCUGUCCGCGCCCGCGAGCGCAGCCCCGCCGGGCAGGGGCCCCGGGGAAGAUGGAGCCGGGGGGCCGGGCCCGCAUUGGCCCCCCGCAGCCGGCGGCCCCGGGGCUGUGGAGGGCUCGGCCGGCGGGCGGCGGCGGCGGCGGCGGCGGCGGUGGUGGUGGCGCCUCCUCCUGGCUGCUGGACGGGAACAGCUGGCUGCUGUGCUAUGGCUUCCUCUACCUGGCCCUCUACGCGCAGGUGUCCCAGUCCAAGCCGUGCGAGAGGACCGGCUCCUGCUUCUCGGGCCGCUGUGUCAACUCCACCUGCCUCUGCGACCCGGGCUGGGUGGGGGACCAGUGCCAGCACUGCCAGGGCAGGUUCAAGUUAACCGAACCUUCUGGAUAUUUAACAGAUGGUCCAAUUAACUAUAAAUAUAAAACUAAAUGUACAUGGCUAAUUGAAGGCUAUCCAAAUGCAGUGUUAAGAUUAAGAUUCAAUCAUUUUGCAACAGAAUGUAGCUGGGAUCAUAUGUAUGUUUACGAUGGAGAUUCAAUAUAUGCACCUUUGAUAGCUGUUCUUAGUGGUUUGAUAGUCCCUGAAAUCAGGGGAAAUGAAACUGUGCCUGAAGUCGUUACAACAUCUGGCUAUGCACUGUUACAUUUUUUUAGUGAUGCUGCAUAUAAUCUAACUGGUUUCAACAUUUUUUAUUCAAUCAAUUCUUGUCCUAACAAUUGCUCUGGUCACGGGAAGUGUACCACUAGUGUCUCUGUUCCGAGUCAAGUGUACUGUGAAUGCGACAAAUACUGGAAGGGUGAAGCCUGUGACAUUCCUUACUGUAAAGCCAACUGCGGCAGUCCAGAUCAUGGUUACUGUGACCUAACAGGAGAAAAGCUGUGUGUCUGCAAUGAUAGCUGGCAAGGUCCUGAUUGUUCUUUGAAUGUUCCUUCUACUGAAUCUUACUGGAUUCUACCAAAUGUUAAACCCUUCAGUCCUUCUGUAGGUCGGGCUUCCCAUAAAGCAGUUUUAUAUGGGAAAUUUAUGUGGGUGAUUGGUGGAUAUACUUUUAACUACAGUUCUUUUCAAAUGGUCCUGAAUUACAAUUUAGAAAGUAGUAUAUGGAAUGUAGGAAGUCUGUCAAGGGGUCCUCUCCAGAGAUAUGGACACUCUCUUGCUUUACAUCAGGAAAACAUCUUUAUGUAUGGAGGCAGAAUUGAAACAAAUGAUGGCAAUGUCACAGAUGAAUUAUGGGUUUUUAACAUACAUAGUCAGUCAUGGAGUACAAAAACCCCUACUGUUCUUGGACAUGGUCAGCAGUACGCUGUGGAGGGACAUUCAGCUCACAUUAUGGAGCUGGAUAGUAGAGAUGUUGUCAUGAUCGUAAUAUUUGGAUAUUCUGCAAUAUAUGGUUAUACAAGCAGCAUACAGGAAUACCAUAUCUCAUCAAACACGUGGCUUGUCCCAGAAACUAAAGGAGCUAUUGUUCAAGGUGGAUAUGGCCAUACCAGUGUGUAUGAUGAAAUAACAAAAUCCAUUUAUGUUCACGGAGGCUAUAAAGCAUUACCAGGCAAUAAAUAUGGAUUGGUGGAUGAUCUUUAUAAGUAUGAAGUUAACACUAAGACUUGGACUAUUUUGAAAGAAAGUGGGUUUGCCAGAUAUCUUCAUUCAGCUGUUCUUAUCAAUGGAGCUAUGCUUAUUUUUGGAGGAAAUACCCAUAAUGACACUUCCUUGAGUAACGGUGCAAAAUGUUUUUCUGCCGAUUUCCUGGCAUAUGACAUAGCUUGUGAUGAAUGGAAAAUAUUACCGAAACCAAAUCUUCAUAGAGAUGUCAACAGAUUUGGACACUCUGCAGUUGUCAUUAAUGGGUCCAUGUAUAUAUUUGGAGGAUUUUCUAGUGUACUCCUUAAUGAUAUCCUUGUUUACAAGCCUCCAAACUGCAAGGCUUUCAGAGAUGAAGAACUUUGUAAGAAUGCUGGUCCAGGAAUAAAAUGUAUUUGGAAUAAAAAUCACUGUGAAUCUUGGGAAUCUGGGAAUACUAAUAAUAUCCUUAGAGCAAAAUGCCCUCCUAAAACAGCUGCUCCUGAUGACAGAUGUUACAGAUACGCGGAUUGUGCCAGCUGCACUGCCAAUACAAACGGGUGCCAGUGGUGUGACGAGAAGAAGUGUAUUUCAGCAAACAGUAACUGCAGUGUGUCCGUGAAAAACUAUACCAAAUGUCAUGUGAGAAAUGAGCAGAUUUGUAACAAACUUACCAGCUGUAAAAGCUGUUCGCUCAACUUGAAUUGCCAGUGGGAUCAGCGACAGCAAGAAUGCCAGGCUUUACCAGCUCAUCUUUGUGGAGAAGGAUGGAAUCAUAUUGGUGAUGCUUGUCUUAGAAUCAAUUCCAGUAGAGAAAGCUAUGACAAUGCAAAACUUUAUUGCUAUAAUCUUAGUGGAAAUCUUGCUUCAUUAACAACCUCAAAAGAAGUAGAAUUUGUUCUGGAUGAAAUACAGAAGUAUACACAACAGAAAGUAUCACCUUGGGUAGGCUUACGCAAGAUCAAUAUAUCCUACUGGGGAUGGGAAGACAUGUCUCCUUUUACAAAUACAACAUUACAGUGGCUUCCUGGUGAACCAAAUGAUUCUGGGUUCUGUGCCUAUCUAGAAAAGGCUGCAGUGGCAGGCCUAAAAGCUAAUCCUUGUACAUCUAUGGCAGAUGGCCUUGUUUGUGAAAAGCCUGUUGUUAGUCCAAAUCAAAAUGCAAGGCCAUGCAAAAAGCCGUGUUCUCUAAGGACGUCCUGCUCCAACUGUACAAGCAAUGGCAUGGAGUGUAUGUGGUGCAGUAGCACGAGACGAUGUGUUGACUCCAAUGCUUAUAUCAUUUCUUUCCCAUACGGACAGUGUCUGGAGUGGCAAACUGCCACCUGCUCUCCUCAAAAUUGUUCUGGAUUGAGAACCUGUGGGCAUUGUUUGGAACAGCCUGGAUGUGGCUGGUGCAAUGAUCCUAGUAACACAGGAAGAGGACACUGCAUUGAAGGAUCUUCGCGAGGACCAAUGAAGCUUGUUGGAAUGCACAGUAGUGAGAUGGUUCUUGAUUCCAGUCUUUGUCCUAAAGAAAAGAACUAUGAGUGGUCCUUUAUCCAGUGUCCAGCUUGCCAGUGUAAUGGACACAGCACUUGCGUCAAUAAUAACGUGUGUGAACAGUGUAAAAAUCUCACCACAGGAAACCAGUGUCAAGACUGCAUGCCAGGUUAUUACGGAGAUCCGACUAACGGAGGACAGUGCACAGCUUGUACAUGCAGUGGCCAUGCCAACAUUUGUCAUAUGCACACAGGAAAAUGUUUCUGCACAACUAAAGGAAUAAAAGGUGAUCAGUGUCAAUUGUGUGAUUCUGAAAAUCGCUAUGUUGGUAAUCCACUUAGAGGCACAUGUUAUUACAGCCUUUUGAUUGACUAUCAGUUUACCUUCAGCUUAUUACAGGAAGAUGAUCGCCACCAUACUGCCAUAAACUUCAUAGCGAACCCAGAACAGUCAAACAAAAAUUUGGAUAUUUCGAUUAAUGCAUCAAACAACUUUAAUCUCAACAUUACAUGGUCAGUUGGUUCAACAGCUGGAACAAUAUCUGGGGAGGAGACUCCUAUAGUGUCCAAGACUAAUAUAAAGGAAUACAGAGAUAGUUUUUCCUAUGAAAAAUUUAACUUCAGAAGCAAUCCUAACAUUACAUUCUAUGUGUAUGUCAGCAACUUUUCCUGGCCUAUUAAAAUACAGAUUGCAUUCUCACAACACAACACAAUCAUGGAUCUUGUGCAGUUUUUUGUCACCUUCUUCAGUUGUUUUUUAUCCUUAUUGCUGGUGGCUGCAGUGGUAUGGAAGAUCAAACAAACAUGUUGGGCUUCUCGACGGAGAGAGCAACUGCUCCGAGAACGACAGCAGAUGGCCAGCCGUCCCUUUGCGUCUGUUGAUGUGGCACUGGAAGUAGGAGCUGAACAAACGGAGUAUCUGCGAGGGCCAGUGGAGGGGGCACCUAAACCGAUAGCCAUUGAACCGUGUGCUGGGAACAGAGCUGCUGUUCUGACUGUGUUUCUUUGUCUGCCGCGAGGAUCAUCAGGUGCCCCUCCUCCUGGGCAGUCAGGCCUCGCAAUUGCCAGUGCCCUAAUAGAUAUUUCACAACAGAAGCCUUCCGACAGUAAAGACAAGACUUCAGGAGUCCGAAAUCGAAAACACCACCUCUCAACACGUCAAGGAACUUGUGUCUGAGAAACAGAAACGACUCCUGGAUAUUCCGACAUGUUUGAUUUUGUAAAUGACUUCCAUUCAGGCUGGUCUAUGGCCUCAGUUUUUAUGGAGGCAAACCUGUGUAUAGUUCCAGAGCUCAAGUACACUUCCCUCCAAAUGGGCGAUGACUCAAGUGGCCAGAGAAUGUCCGUGACUUUUAUGAAAGUAACAGUACUGAGGGGCGACAAAGUCAGUUUUUACGACUCUCCUAGGCUUAUCAUAGAUAACAUUUAAAUACUCCAGAAAAAGAUGUAUAUUGUUUCUUAAUGCAGAUGGAAAAUAUGUGAUUCCUAUAAACCGAACUGUUUAUAUCCUAGGACUUUAAAGAAAGACAUUUUAUAAUGCCUGAGUGAUGAGAAUUGUACAAUUUUUGCCUCAUAAGCAAACUUAAAUCACUUCUAUAUGAACAGGAAAUGAACAAAUCGCAAUGGCUUUAAAUGCUGUUUUAUCUCACUGUAAAUGUAAAAGCAAGAUUUUGAUUUAGCGGGAUGUAGGUAAUGUAUUUAAGUAUUCCACAUGACCAUAUCAUGUCCGAACUCAGUUUGAGAAUGGGACAGCUUCCCACCUAACUGGAACACAGACCAAAAUGAGACCAUUUGGAUGGAUGGUAAAUGCAACUUCACAGGAGGUUUUAUUAGAAUUCCAAGUGAAAAGGACAUUCCUGUCAUCCACGCCAACUGCCUCACUCAUUAUCAGAGCUGAUAGAGCAUGGAAAAGCCUGUCCAGCAAUCAAUUUUUUCCCUCCUGCCAAAAACCCUGUAAUACCAAACCUGAAGAGAGCUGAAAUAGUUAUUUUACAGUGUGCAAGCUUCAGCUCUGGUAUGGUAAUUUUUUUUUAAUUGCUUAGGAGUCAUUGGAUCAGACCUAAAUGAUUCAUCUGCAUUUUUGUAAGAAUGGAUCAGCUUUGGUUGGCCUUCCUCUCCUAGCUGCUCGAUUUUAUCUACCUUUUACAAAUAUUAUGGAAGUAUUUUAGAGGUGACCCCUCCAAAGUUUUCACAUGACCCAGGGUCCUUCUUGCCAACUAUUCACUUAGACUACAAGUAGGGACAAGCAUUUGUUGGCAAGCAUCUACAGUAUUCUUAUUUCUAACAUAAACACAUUGGUGUCAUGAGAGCAAGUUUCUAGUUUAAAAAAUAAGUUCAUCAAUGCCCACAUUUAGCAUAUUCUUCAUGAUUCAAACAUGUGAGUUAUGGCAGAAAGCAAAAAUGGUAUAGAACAGCCUUCACACUGGAACAUAGAUUUAUUUGUGUCCUAAUUUUGACUAUAGUUCACUAGAACUCAGUAGCAUUAACCAGACCUUGUUUGGAAUUAACAGUUUCUUAACUGUAGUCAGGGUGACUACAGGAUAUGUGUAGAAAGCAGUGACAGAGAGACCCAAAGCUGCUUUAUACAACAUAGUUUUGUUCAAUAUGAAAGCCAUUUACACAUAAUUGAUGUUUAGUACUAUAUAUGUACUUUUCAUGUUCUUUGGAUUUCUGGAAGGUAAUGACACUUUACUGUUUACAGCUAAUGCAUAGUUACUUGCAUGCUGUGGUUGUACAGUAGCGGAAUAUGACCCUAUUGUGAUAUUCAAUGUUUAUUUCAUAAUGCCAUUAUACAUAGUCAGCUUAAUUUGAUGAGGAUCGAAUGUAAUAUAUAACAGGAAUGACCAUACAAUAGGUAGUUGCAUCGUAUAUAAGAUUGCUAGGUUGCAUCUAACCAUGCCUAUCACUGUUUUGAUAAUUAGACAUUUAUGAAUUAUAGUAUAUAUUCUUUAUGUUGGCAUGAUAAUUUUGCUAUUUUCUAUGCGUUAAAAAUAAGACUAAUUCUUAGAGUAAUUUUAUCUAUAGCCUGUGGGUUUUUUUGGGAGAGGGGUGGCAGUGAAGCUGGUUGUUUUUGCCUCCCUGUGAUAUUUUAUCUCUCAAAAAAAAAAAAGGCAAGGAAAGUUUGUAAACGUCUCCUAGAAAAAAGAUCAAGUAAUUUUAUUAGCUUCUUUUUGGACCCUUUAAAUGUUGCUUUUUCUCCUGGAAAAAUAAAUUGACAAAACUGGUGACUACAAAAAUAUAAUCAUUUAAAAAUAAAA